AUUUUUUCGUACCAUAUUAUAGCUACUCAUUAUCUUCUCUAGCUUCAUUAGAAAAAUAUGUCUCAACAUCCUCCUUCUCUAUAUUUAUCAUCAAUAUUUGUUGCAUUGGCUUUGUUAUUCCUUCUUAUAGGAACCUCUUCGGCUCAACUCGAUGAAAACUUCUAUUGUAAGAAAUGUCCCAAUGUUUUUGACACGGUAGAAACUGUUGUUAAAUCUGCGGUGUCAAAAGAACAACGCAUAGGAGCAUCUCUCCUUCGUCUCUUUUUCCAUGACUGCUUUGUUGAUGGUUGUGAUGGAUCAAUACUACUUGAUGACACUUCAUCCUUCAAAGGAGAGAAAACUGCAGCUCCUAACAACAAUUCUGCGAGAGGUUUUGAAGUAAUUGAUGCUAUAAAGUCUAAGUUGGAAGCAAUAUGCCCUGGCGUGGUCUCAUGUGCUGAUAUUCUCGCCAUUGCUUCUCGUGAUUCUGUUGUCAUUCUUGGAGGACCUUUUUGGAAUGUAAAAGUUGGAAGAAGAGAUUCAAGGACAGCAAAUUUCAUUGCUGCUAACACUGGUGUGCUUCCAUCUCCAGCAUCUAACCUAACUAAGCUUAUCUCAACGUUUAAAGCUCAAGGACUUUCUGUUAAGGACAUGGUUGCUUUAUCUGGAGCUCACACAAUUGGGGAAGCAAGGUGUACAUCUUUCAGAAAUCACAUAUACAAUGAAAACAACAUUGACAGUACAUUUGCAAAGAUAAGGCAAAGGAAAUGUCCAAGUACUGUUGGCACAGGAGACAACAAUCUAGCAAAUCUAGACUUACAAACACCAACUCAUUUUGACAACAACUACUAUAAGAAUCUCAUCAUCAAAAAGGGGCUACUUCAUUCUGAUCAAGAGCUCUUCAAUGGUGGGUCCACUGAUUCACUUGUUCAAACUUAUACUCAAAAUGAGAAAGCCUUUGAUUCAGACUUUGUAGCUGCAAUGAUUAAGAUGGGAAACAAUAAACCCUUAACUGGGGGACAAGGGGAGAUUAGAAAGAAUUGCAGGAGAUUGAAUUAGAAGACACAACAGAGUUUUUAUAUGUUGCAAACUUGAAAAAUUAUGUAUUGUUUAAUAAAGUAUUAUAAGCAGUGUUGCUUUAUGUAUAUGUAUCAUGUAUAAAGAGGAAAACCUGUUGGUUAUGCAUAAGCAGAAUCAGAAGUGGAAGUAUAUAUAUACUUAAAAUAAAAGUUUGAUUUCUGUAACUAAAGAUAUUUGACUUA